GGAAAGAGUAUGCACUUCCGGUAGUCAGUAAGCUCUGCAGUGAAUCGGGGAACCUCGUCGUUUGACUGGUUUUCUUAUUUUGCGAGCAAUUUCACACGUCAUUUGAAGUGUCGAGUCGCGUCAGGAGGAGGGUCUCUGGUCUGCGGUCAAGGGCGAAAUAAAACCGGUUCUGCUGCAUUGUAGGACGCUCUCAGUACAUAACCGAAUUACCUCUAGCCGGACAUUGUUCUCGCGUUGUUUCUCGGCAUUUAAUUACGUUUUAUUUUGUCUUCGAUCCGUUGGUAAGUUUGACACUUCCAAUACAACAACAACAACAACAACAAAAACUGUUUGACACUUCCGCUUCACGGGAGAUAAACAACGUUCGGCAAGAAAUCGCAUUUGGCCGGUCUUCAUCAUCAUCAUGUUACUGCGUAAAGUUACACAAAGUCCUGCGAUCUGCAGCUCUGUCCUCCGUCUACAGCCAGCUUUCACAGGAGUGCAGCGCCAAACUCUCGUGGCAGCGCAGAAUUCUCGUCUGUAUUCAAGCCAAGCUGCAGAGGCUGUCCUGGACAAGAAUGUAGUCGGCAGGGACGCCGCCACGGCAGCUGAGAAGGUUGAGAAGACGGCUCUUAAUGUGGAGUCAAAAUCUUUUGCUGUGAACAUGUUUAAAGGGCAAAUCAGCACUUCUCAGGUGUUCCCCUUCCCCUCAGUGCUCAAUGAGGAGCAGGCGCAGUUCCUCAAUGAGUUGGUGGGGCCGUGCAGUAAGUUUUUUGAAGAGGUGAACGACCCCAUGAAGAAUGACGCUCUGGAGAUGGUGGAGGAACGCACGAUGGAAGGCCUGAAGGAGAUGGGAGCUUUUGGUCUUCAGGUGCCCGCAGAUCUCGGUGGCGUUGGCCUCACCAACACACAGUACGCCAGGCUGGUGGAGAUUGUCGGGAUGCAUGAUCUGGGUGUGGGCAUCACUCUUGGCGCCCAUCAGUCCAUUGGCUUCAAGGGCAUCCUGCUGUUUGGUAACCCCCAGCAGAAAGAGAAGUACCUCCCAAAGCUGGCCACUGGAGAGAACAUUGCUGCCUUCUGUCUCACUGAACCAGCGAGCGGUUCUGAUGCAGCCUCCAUUAAAACCACUGCAGUUCGCUCACCCUGCGGCCAGUACUACGACCUGAGUGGAAGCAAGAUCUGGAUCAGUAAUGGAGGCAUUGCUGAGAUCUUCACUGUGUUUGCGAAGACUCCUGUGAAGGACGAGAAGACUGGAGAGAUGAAGGACAAAAUCACAGCGUUCAUCGUGGAGAGGAGCUUUGGAGGAGUCACACACGGUCCUCCUGAGAAGAAGAUGGGUAUCAAGGCGUCCAACACGGCAGAGGUGUAUUUCGAGAACGUGCGCGUCCCUGCGGACUGUGUUCUGGGAGAAGUUGGAGGUGGCUUUAAAGUGGCCAUGAACAUCCUCAACAACGGGCGCUUCGGGAUGGCCGCCGCCCUCUCUGGCACCAUGAAGGGUGUCAUCAGCAAAGCGGUCGACCAUGCUGCUAACCGGACUCAAUUUGGCAACAAGAUUUCCAACUAUGGUGCCAUUCAGGAGAAGAUGGCCAGAAUGGCCAUGCUUCAUUAUGUGACAGAGGUGAGCUUCUCUACUGCUUUGCCUCCACUUUCCCAUCAGGCAACAAGAAAAUCUGAGUCACACUUGAGCACUUACUGACAUCUAUUUAUAGAC